AGUGACCUCAUUAGCAUGCCGACCUCGCAUUAUCAAAAGACACUGUGAAUUAAACGCUCGUGUUCCAAAAUUACAACGAUGAAGUUAACAACGUUAUUUUUAACAAUAUCCACGGUGCUGUGCUGCGUGUACGCAUCGAAUUUCGUCGUUGGAAAUGUGGCUAACAGAGUGGUACUAGUCAAUCAUACACUGAUAGAGUACAACGCGAUACCUUUCAUGAAAAGGGUCAAAUAUUACUUCUACAGUUUGCCUGGUAUUAGGAAAAUUGAGGGCAUUCAAGCGCUGGACACGCUGCACAGUAAAGCGAGCAUCAACAUUACAGCCGGCGGUGUGGGACAUUCGUUCGUCAAUAUGCGUAUGAAGAGCGAGAGGGGUCGCGGUUUAAGUUACGACAUCGGCAUAUAUGUUGCACAAGACGAAUUUUAUCGUACUUAGAAAAAAAAAUGAGACAAAGAACAUAACAUUUACAAGUGAAAUCGAAAAUUUAAUAGUCUAUUUAAAAAUAAUAAUAAUUAAUAAUUCAGCUACAAAAUAUAUAAUUAAUGACAAGUUUAUACAUUAAAAUAAUAAUACAGUGGUAGCAGCUGAAACGGUCCCCACUCAGCUUAAGCUGCAGCGUGGUGCUGCAGCGCUGAUUUCCAGUGCGGCCACCAUUCGAUAAGUAGCAUUCGAGGAACAGGACUAAAUCCUAAGAACAAGGAAUUACAUAGAGGGAAUGAUAAAAUAAAAACUGUAAGUCAUACGGUUGUCUCCUUUCUUCUUAUGCAAAUAUAAUUAGUAAAAAGAGGACGAAAGAUACACCAUCAGUUGCUAUUUUUCUCAAUUCGUAGCAGGCAGCCAAAAAUAGCAAUUGAUGGUGCACUAAAGUGAUGGUGGACCCUAUAAAUGAUAUCAAUCAUUAUAUAUAAAUAUAAUAAUAUAUUAUUUAUUGUAUAAAUUAUAGGAUACAACAAGGUAUAAUGAAAAUAAAUAGAAUGAUUAUGUAUGAUCAUGUUAUGUAAAUAAUUGUAUAAAAAAAAAAUAGUGUACUAAAGUGUAAAAUAAAUAAAUAAAUAAAAAACCAAUAAGAAUAUAGUUAAUAUUUUUUUAUGAUAUUAAAAAUUAUAAAUAUAUUAAUAAAAUAAAUUCAUAAGCUAUUUUUUUUAUACAACUUAAAAUGGCAAACAAGCUUACGGCCCACCUGAUGGAAAGUGGUAACCGUCGUCCAUAGACGUGAGCAGUACCAUGGACAUAACAGAGUAUACUGUUUCGCCCAUGAUACCCCCCAUGCCAUUCCUGAGGACUCAGGUGUUAUUCCUCUGUACCCUGUAAAUUCACGCCAUAUCCCACCCUUCAAACCGAAACACAACCAUGCAAACUCAGCUGCUUCACGGUUGAAACACGAAUGGGACAGAGGUACCCAAGCAAUCGACUUUUGUACAAAAAGUCCCUCUGGUAAAGUAUAAUUUCCAAAAAUAUCAAUCAAAGAAGCCAUUGUUAAAUCAAUCAUUUAUUUUUAUAAACAUAGGUAUUUAGUUACAUGAUAUUAUAUAUAAAAAAUAAUUAAUUAUUGUGUUCUGAGGAAUUGUUCGGAUUGAUCGGACCUGCUGCUGAUUUCCACCACCGUACAACCCGCCAUAAACUAAAGUUUCAUCCCAACCAUCUGGACUAGUGGCGGUCCUCCACCGUGCGUUUUUCAAGGCACUUUCUUCCACGCACAACCAUUCUUUGGAAUCAACUUCCAGCAGCAGUAUUUCCGAACCGAUACGACAACAUAACCUUUAAGAAAAGAGUAUAUUCCUUUUUAAAAGGCCGGCAGCACACCUGCAAUGCCGCUGGUGUUGUGUGUGAUCAUAGGCGGCGGUAGUCACUUACCAUCAGGUGAGCCACAUGCUCGUUUGCCCCCUGUGUUGUAAAAAAAAAUGUAUUCAAUAUGAUGUCCACGGCCACUUUCUACCAUCAUUCAGCUCGCCAUCGACAGGGAGUUCGACCUGAUGGAGUGUACUACCAGCAAUUCUAAAUAAAAUCAUUUUUCUUCAAAUAGACUUGUUUACAAGCACUUUUAAAUCGUAAUUUUUUUAAAGUACCAUGGACAUAACAGAGUAUACCUUUUCGCCCAUGAUACCCCCAUGCGUUGCCAUUCCUGAGUACUCAGGUGUGAUAUCAGAUCGGUAUCCAUAUUACCAAUGCCUAAUUUUUGUAGGCGACGGUUACCACUUUCCAUCAGACGGGUCGUUUGCUUGUUUGCAUAAAGAAAUUCACCUUGUCAAAUUAGUCGAUAAUUUAUGUUUUAAAAUUAUGUUAUUUUGUAUACUUUUACAUAAAGUUGUUACAUU